GCCAGAGGUGUUCCUGGGGAGAUGGCAGAGCAGCACGGAGCGCCAGAGCAGGCUGCAGCUGGCAAGAGCCACGGAGGCCUCGGGGGCGGCUACAAGGUGACUGUGUACGAACUCGAGAACUUCCAGGGCAAGCGAUGCGAGCUCUCCGCCGAGUGCCCCAACCUGACCGACAGUCUGCUGGAGAAGGUCGGCUCCAUCCAGGUGGAGUCCGGGCCGUGGCUGGCAUUCGAACGCAGGGCCUUCCGCGGGGAGCAGUUUGUCCUGGAGAAGGGGGAUUACCCUCGCUGGGACGCCUGGUCCAACAGCCACCACAGUGACAGCCUGCUGUCCCUCCGGCCUCUGCACAUUGACGGCCCGGAUCACAAACUGCACCUGUUUGAGAACCCCGCUUUCAGCGGCCGCAAGAUGGAGAUCGUGGAUGACGACGUGCCCAGCCUGUGGGCUCACGGCUUCCAGGACCGGGUAGCCAGCGUCCGUGCCAUCAACGGGACGUGGGUUGGCUAUGAGUUCCCCGGCUACCGCGGACGCCAGUACGUGUUCGAGAGGGGCGAGUACCGCCACUGGAACGAGUGGGACGCCAACCAGCCGCAGCUGCAGUCCGUGCGCAGGAUCCGAGACCAGAAGUGGCACAAGCGGGGCUGCUUCCUCAGCAGUUGAGGGGCAGCCAGACCCCAAUGGCCCAGGCCCGCCCUGCGGGGGGCAGCAACGGCAAGAAGAGGAGGCUCCCGGGCUGUGGCGAGGGCCUGCCUGUCCACCCUUCCCCGGAUCUGCUCAAUAAAGCCUGGGGUCGGUC